CAGCUCCCACAGAACCAGCCAGCCUCCCCCGGCAACCACUGCCAGCCCCAGAGGAGCAACCAGCGGCUGCGUGUCUCUCUCUGACAAGAGAAACCGACCACUACUUUCCAUCGCAACCAAGCUCCAAGCAAGUGUAUAGUAAGGUCGCGCUUGGUGCGCAGCAAUUAAAAUUUCCGAAAGAUGUCGAAACGUGCGGCGGGCAGGCAGAUAACGCAGGAAUCGUUAGACCGAGAAGACGAGCCCGAAGACGCUGGGCAAUUCGAAAGAGCUUCUCAGUCAGAACUUGAGGGAAGAGUGCUUAAGAAGGCUCGGCGUACCCGAGCCACUGGCGAGGGUUCCUCAAAUGACCAAUCAGAACCAGGCCGAGGGCUCUUUGCAGGGAUCAGACUGACUGGACUGCUGAAUCAGCAGAAUGGCCUCCCUCAAUCUAAACCUCUGCAACUUGUGACUCUGCCCACUGCCUCGGAGGCUGUCAGCUCAACUGCUGGCCUCACAUCUGUCAGUGUUGCCACUAGUAACACUGUUGCCAAGCCGACCUUCUUGACUGAACUGCGUAGUCUGAACUUUAGUGUCAGCGACUGGAUAGUCAAACAUGUGAGGGAAAACCCCUACGUCGACCUCACUCCUAUAUUCAGGGACUAUGAGAAACAUCUCAGAGAGUUAGACCAGAAAUUUGGCAAUCCAUCACAAGACGGAGGAAAAGAAGAGGAGUCAGAGGUCGUUGCCACGAGUGAUUCCGCAGGUGGGGGGAAAGAGGAGCAGGAAACUGCUGAAGGAGGGAAGGCAGACGAGGACGAAGGAAAGGAGGAUGAGGAGGAAACUGCAACCAGUGGGCUGCAGAUUUCACCAGCUGCAGAAAAGGAAGAGGGAGAGGCUCUGCUGUCCGUCAGGGCCAAACUGUUCUUCAAGAGAUCCUCUGAUACCGAGUUCUGUGAGCUGGGACUUGGCCAGCUGCAAGUGUUGCCAGGCAACGGGGAGGAGGUGAAGGUUGUGAUGAGGAACGACACAAGUCUUGCUAAGGUUCUACUCAACGUGAGGGUGACGUCAGCUCUUCCGGUGUCCUGUAAAAGGAACAAUGUGCUCCUGGUCUGUGCCCCUAACCCUCCCCUAGAGAAGAAUGCUGCCAGUGGGGAAAAUGAGAAUGCCCCUGUCACUUACCUCAUCAGAGUAAAGACUGCUACCAUGGCAACAGAGCUACAAAAAGCUCUCCAGUGUUCCAGUGGCGACCAAUAAUAGACUGACAAAGCCACACCCACCUGUACAUGAUUGCACAAUCUAAUUAUCAUCAUAAUGAUAACAAGUAAAUUAAAAAUCCUGCAAAUAAAAGAGGC